ACCACUUCUUGCCUUGAUGGUCCGCUUGCUGCCAUCUCUGCCUCCCUACCUUGCCUCCCUCCCCAAACCCACCGCUCCCGCCUUCUCCUCCUCGCUGCGGCCCCCAACCAUGUCGUCCUCCACCCCGGUCCCGGCGGCGGAGGCGUCCCGACCAAGGAAGCUGCCGGUUCUGCUGUUCGACGUCAUGGAUACCAUCGUCCGCGACCCUUUCUACCACCACAUCCCCUCCUUCUUUCAAAUGUCCAUGAAGGAACUCCUAGAAAGCAAGCAUCCAACAGCAUGGUCUGAAUUUGAGAUGGGAAUGAUUAAUGAGAGCGAGCUAGCCAAAAAGUUCUUCAAUGACGGCAGAUCUUUUGAUUUAGAAGGUCUGAAAGAUUGCAUGGUGAGAGCAUAUGAGUACGUCGAUGGUGUUGAAGACAUUCUACGCAGUUUAAAGAAAAAUAACUAUGAAAUGCACACUUUUACAAAUUAUCCUGUCUGGUACCAAUUAAUCGAGGAGAAGUUAAAGCUCUCAGAGUAUUUGUCUUGGACAUUCUGUUCUUGCCAAAUUGGGAAACGUAAACCUUCAUGUGAUUUUUAUCUUCAUGCCGUGAAUCAUCUCAGUAUUGAUCCAGGAAACUGCAUUUUCAUUGAUGACAGGAUGGUAAACAUUGAAGCAGCCCUUAGUGUAGGAAUGGUCGGUUUGCAUUUUAAAGAUGCUGAGGUCCUAAAGAAUGAUUUGUUCUCAGUGGGAGUUGAAUUGGCACCUCUUGUGCUUGAAGGUGAAACUGAAGCACAAUAAGGUUGCUUCCUGUUUCCUGUGUGCUCAUGAUUACACAAUUCAGGCGUCUAAAUGAUCCUUCUGUCUCGUUGUGAACCCUGUCCUUAAGUCAUGUUUGUACAUCAUAAAACUAUUCAUUAAGUCAUUAAGUUACUUGUAUAUACUGUAAGCAUUAGUGCGGUGCCUCCAGUGAGAGAGGUGAAGAAAAUGUCAAUGGCUUGGAGAGAUGUCAAA